AUGGGCUCUCUGUUGCAGUUGUCUGACGUCGCCGACUUGAUUCCACGACGCGAUGCUAAUGACUUUCGCGAAAGAGUCCGACACCUGCUCGGCCGCUCCUCGACUCACUUUCCAGGCGCCCAGCCAGUCAGCUUUUCGCGCCGCCAUUUCAGAGACUUGCAAGAAACAGAUUACUAUCUCUGCGAAAAGACUGAUGGCAUUCGAUGCCUCCUUUAUUUCACCACCUUUACCGAUGGCAACAAUCACCUAGAAGCCCACAUGCUCAUCGAUCGCAAGAACGACUACUACAACAUUGACAACGAACACUUCCACUUUCCCUUACCCGAUGGGCCCGACGCCAGCUACCAUACCGAAACCCUUCUCGAUGGCGAACUUGUUCUGGACACGCUACCGAACGGUGAACAACAAAAGACGUAUUUGGUCUUUGACUGCCUUGCUGUUGACGGCAAGUCUCUCCAACAGCGCACUCUCGACAAGCGACUGGGUUAUUUCCAUGAGUCCGUCCUGAAGCCUUACAACAAGUUGUUGAGUCGAUAUCCUGAGGAGAAGGAAUUGCAACCUUUUGUCAUUACUGCAAAGAAGAUGGAAAAGGCCUACGGUGUCAUGAUGAUGAUCAAGGACGUCCUGCCAAAACUGCCACACGGUAGCGAUGGUCUCAUCUUCACCUGUCGCACCUCCCCUUACACAAGCGGUACGGAUCCAAAGAUAAUCAAGUGGAAGCCACCCCAUGAGAAUACGAUCGAUUUCCGGUUACAGAUGGGCAAAUUCCCAUCCAUCACAGAGGACGGCCAGACUUUUACAGACUACGAUGCUUGUCCAUCCAUGGAUUUGCUAGUAUUUCACGGCGACAAGAGGAACGAAGUGUUUGCGAAGCUAUACGUGACUGAAAGCGAGUGGGAGAGCAUGAAGGGCAUGCAGCAGAUCUUGGAUGGGCGAAUCAUCGAGUGUCAUAAGGACGAACAAGGUCGAUGGCGUUACAAAAGAGAGCCGAAUGGCGAGCCGCGCUUCCGAGAUGACAAGACGGAAGCCAACCACAUCACUACGGUCGAGAGCGUUUUAGAGAGCAUUGAGGAUGCGGUCAGCGAACAAGAUCUUUUGGACAAUGCCAAAAUGAUCAACGCGCAUUGGAAGAGACGCGAAGCUGAGGCGUCGAGGCCGCAAGCAAAUGGCGUGCCACGGUAG